CGAAACCCCCUGAAGCACUGUGGGUUACUUUCAUAUCUCCUCCUUCUCCUUGGCCGUCGGGUAUGCCUUCUAAUUACCUUCGAGUGCGCUACCUCCUCGUCACUGAAGACCUUCAACCCGUGGGAACAAGCAUUCAUGUGGAAGUACCUGCAGAUGCUGCCGUCAGCGAUCUGAAGAAAGUGGUUCAGCAAGAGAACCUACCUGUGCUACACAAUGUCCAGUACGCCAGCCUGGAGGUCUGGAGAUGUGUUGAUAAGCACAUCUUCCACUGUGGAGAUAGAGAAGUGGGGGUGCGGGUCAGAGAGGCAUUUUCCACCAAAGACAUCAAACGACUUGAUGCGUACCGAGAUGUGAAGGAUUUUGCGGGGGAUGCACUGGUCGUGCGGAUAUCCGCCGUCGGUCCAACGUUCGAUAGCCACCAACAAAUCAAUCCUGCUACUACAAUUGAUCGUUACAGCGAUACCUUUGUCAUCGCAAGUGAAGCCGGCACGUUCACGAUGCACGACCGGGCCUUGAACGACGUGUACGAGGUGACGUCUACGGAACCGUUGGCCAAAAUCUUCGCUAGUGCCUUCGAAAAGCAGUUGGGGAACCAGCGAAAGCUGGCCAAAACUGCAUAUGCUAGCCUUGAGGAGAUUUAUGAAGCGUAUCGACGCUUGGGAGGUCGUCCAUUCAGAGACUUCUACGACGCUGUUGGAGAUUUAGACCGGAUGGAAAACAUUACGGAGGAGACGCACAUGCUUUUUGUUCUCGCGGACAAGAACAUGGACAACUACUCUAUUCUCAAGCAGGAGGAAGCCACCGUACUUUACUUCUUCCUUAUGGCGCGCUGGUGAUCUCAGCUCGGUAUCAAGGGAGUGUCUCAUUCCACGAUUGGACUCGGAGACUCGGAUACGAGAUGGCCGUUUCCAUUUGUGGUCAAAGCAGAUGAGCAGAGAUUUUCGUAUCGUCCGAAAAGCGACUUCUGCGUAUGUGUUGGUGGUAUUCCCCGAUUGAUCGCAGAGGUGGACUCUUCAGCGGACUCUUCGGAA